UCCAGAACUGCACUGCGUUUCCUCUUCGCCGUCGACCUCGCAAAUGGAUCAAAUCACGUCCUCACUCGCACCUUCAAGAAAUGCUGUCAAGUCUGCUGCUACAGGCUCUCCCGGAGACGGUCCUGGCAGUGUAACGAAACGUUUGAGCAACGAACUCAUGACACUCCUGAUGUCCUCUUCACCUGGAAUUUCCGCAUUUCCCAAAAACGACUCCAACCUGUUUGAAUGGGCAGGUACGAUAGAAGGGGCACCGGGUACUAUAUAUGGUGGUCUUGCAUUCCGAAUCUCGAUUUCAUUCCCUAGUAAUUACCCAUACUCUGCGCCGACCAUCAAGUUCGAGACGCCAUGCUACCAUCCGAAUGUGGACAUUAAUGGCGGCGCAAUUUGCCUGGAUAUUUUACAGGACAAGUGGUCAGCGGUGUACAGCGUACAAACGGUGUUGCUCUCUCUUCAGUCAUUGUUGGGAGAACCUAACAAUGCUUCUCCGCUUAACCCCGAUGCAGCCAAUCUAUGGAGUAACCCUGAAGCUUUUAAAGUUCAGCUCAUGAAGCACUACCGCCCGUUGGAUGGCUCGGCGUGAGAUUCGCUUCUGAUUCCCCUGCAUUCAUGUAGCACGUCGCAGUUAGGAUGUAACGUUUUCGUCAUCGUAUGUUGUUGCUUUCCAAAGGACUGUUGUAGAUACAAUGUGGUGGUUUCUUCCAAUAUUGGUGUAUUUCUGCUCUGUGGCGUCUAAGUGAAACGAUUGUUUCCGA